AGGUGGCGGGGGUCGUUGGCACCCAGUGGGUGUGGGAAAGAAAGCUGGCAUUGCCCCACCGGGGAUUUUCUUCCUUUUCCAGAAGUGACAUCCAAGACAGGCAUCCUGUACGACACCGCAGACAUUGAUGACCUGCUCACGUGGAUCAACAACGGUGAGUCUCUCUCUGAGGGGCAGCAGAGCUGGUGGGGGGGUGUCUGCACUGCGUGGGCGUGGGAAAGCUGGCAUUGCCCCGCUGGGGAUUUUCUGCCUUUUCCAGAAGCGACACCCAGCACCGACAGACUUGACAACGACGUGGAAAUUGACAAUUUGCUCACCUGGAUUGACGAAGCGGCGAGUGCUCUGGAGGUCCCCCAGCACAACCAGGACCUGCCCGGUGUCACAAGAGAGGGGACCAAAGACACUGCGAACAGCUGCCAAAUGGAAGAGCUGAUGCAAUGCAUCACUGCCACGGAGCCACUGAGCCCAGAUGUCUCCAGCAGCCUCGACUCCUCUUCUUCCAGCACAGAGCACUCUGACUCCUCCAGGGCCAGCAGGGAGCUGAGCAAAGAGACACAACCUGAACCAGGGCUCCUCAGCAACUUGCUCUGGCGAAGCUGGCUGUGUCAGCACGGCGCGCAGCAGGAGGACUUGGUGCCCAUCACAGCCCAACAGCCGCUCGAGAGGGAGCGUGCCAAGAAACCGGCCCACUUGGUGUAG